CGCUGCUGGUUUAAUAUUUAAACACUGUUGAGAGUUUGGUUCCCCUUAGAGAUCAGGAUCAGCGCGUCCCUGCGCUCCUGGUCAGCAUAGCAGCACAGGAACUGCACCGAAUCACACUGCAGGGAUCCGAUCUGCUCCCAGACCAGGUAAUCCAGAUUUCGAUCCAGGUGCUACGGAGACCAAACACGAGAAGAGUCGUGGCAGCUAACACACAGUUAUACACACAAUGUAUACGAACUCUUCUGGAGCAGAGAGUGGAUCUUACUCACUGACCUUCCUGGGAAAGAAAGUGGGGCGUCAUCACUCUGUGGCCCCUGCAGGGAAGCAACGCGCAUGGGAGACAACUAACAGGUCCACAUGCCCCGAGGACCCCGUGGCGUCCUUGCGGCCUGGACGGCUCCCAGUGGCAGCCCAGGUGCUGCAGGAUUUACCCGGUAGUGUACCAGAGCUGAAGGAUGAGAGGCCUGGCCCAAUAAUUCACAACACACAGUUUGACCAGUACGAGGACAGCACAGGAGGUAUUUCUGGGAGGAAAGUAGCAACCUGACGGCACGCCCACAU